CAAAGAUACAACAUUCUGCCAACAUGGAGCGAAACAUCCACUGGCUUCUCCGACAGAGAAAUGAAGUUGUCGAACGAAAAAUGCCCCAUGAUCUGCAAAACCGGGACAUGUACAGGAUGUUCUUGAGUAUGUUUAACCCGGUUCCCCAUCGCAAUCAACCGCUUUGCAGAUCGUGUGCCCGUCUUCCAAUCCAUAAUCUGGUACUGUACGCCCAUGAUGAAAGCUUUGGCGAUUUUUCCCAAACGGGUUCCAUCUGGAUUACCAAUGACUGCGCGUUCUGUAAUCUGAUCAUGGAGGCCCUUUCAAUGGAUUCCUGGGGUCAUAGAAUCGACUCCGUUCGCUCGAAACCUUCCACGGUUGACUACAGUAUCCUGAAAAGGUGCGGAGCGAGCGCCAUCAAUGUAUAUGCCACUGGCCAUUGGGGAUAUAUCCAGAUACUCGAGGAGGAUGCAUAUCUGUUUGAGCCGCGGCUUGAAAGGAUCCCAGAUCGGCAGAAGCACCAAGCAGAAGAGAAAAACUGGUUUUGCCGUCGGAUUUCGCAACAGAUCGAUUUUGAUCUCAUCCGCCAGUGGCUAUCAACAUGUGUGGCUCAUCAUGACUGUGGAAGUCGUCGACGGGAGCCCAUUGAACUUAUACUCAUCGACGUUAAAGAGAGGCGACUAGUUAGAAAAACAUCCGACUCCGUCUAUAUAGCACUGAGCUAUGUGUGGGGCAAUUCGACCGGACUGCGAACGAUGGUAGAGAAUUAUAACUCUCUACAGGUACCAGGAUCAAUGGCAGCAAAAGCUCGGGAGAUACCGAGGGUCAUUCUAGAUGCAAUGGAGCUAGUGGAGAGAAUUCACCAACGGUGGCUCUGGGUCGACCAACUCUGCUUGAUCCAAAACAGUCCAACUAAAGGGGAUGGCAUUAAGCAAAUGGAUCGCAUUUAUGAGAAUGCACUUAUCACAAUUUUUGCGCUUGCUGGAAAUGAUGCCAAUCAUGGUCUACCGGGCGUCUCCCCUAGAUCCAGACCUAUUCCAGCUGUGCGAACGGUGCAAGGAGUACAGUGUAUGGCUACCUUACCUGAUCUUAACAACGUGUUACCCUCUUCGCACCAUAGUACCCGUGGUUGGACUUUUCAGGAACAGCUUCUCUCCCGUCGACGCUUAUUUAUAUCUGACCACCAAGCUUAUUUCCAGUGCUCACAAGAUGAGUGCUGUGAAGACCGUCUGGGAAUCUCUUCGGAGCGCUCUGUGUUGAAUGGUAUCUGGGAACGCUUGCGCAAUGGAACCGCUCGAUAUUCACUCCACGAUUAUAUGUCUCUGGUCCAAGAGUACACUAAGAGAAAUUUCUCUAAACAAUACGAAGGCGACGUAUUGGAUGCUUUUACUGGCAUAACGGCCGCUCUUACCCAUAGAUCGAGUAUGAAGUCUGGCACGCGUGAUGAGUUUGUGGCUGGUAUCCCAUUGUCGAAAUUUUUCCCCCUUCUUUUUUGGAUACCGAGAAAAACGGCUGUUCGAAGAACAAGCAAUGAUGGCCAAUAUCUUCCCACCUGGUCGUGGGCAGGCUGGUGCGGUGCGGUGGUUUAUCGAGAACUCAACAAUUGGAAUGAGGACGGUGGUACAAUCUAUAGUGUUUUGUCCGACGUAGAACUUGUGCAGCAUACGGCACAGCGGCCACUGCUUUUCGAAACUACAAAUUACCACGAUGGAUACUGUUCUGUCCAAGGCUGCCGUUCCAAAAAGCCUCAUUCUGAUCGGAGUGCCAUCGGGGACUUGGAUCCGAGCGGGGAGAGUCUGCUUCGGUUUAACGCGAAGGGCGUCCCUGCAGACAAAUUUACCAAUGAGAAACACGAGGCCCAUACGGAUGGCAUCUCACGUUAUCGCGACUUUCGAAAGAUCCUCAGACGUGGUCGUCACUGCGGGGCGUUGUAUGGUGCCGACCGGGCUGACUUGGACAAUAUUUUGUCAGAAUGCAAGUACAUUCUUGUUGGACAUUGUCCGGACACAAAAUAUAAGAUUGAUAUGUGGGCAGGUAACGAAAUGCACUAUCAGUCCUCGUCUUGGUGUGGUUGUGUCGGUUAUUUCCUCUUGAUCCAGGACCGUGAAGACAGGGCAGAACGGGUCGGGAUGGCGAUAAUUCACCCAGAGGCGUGGGAGGAAGCAGGACCAACAGAAGAACAAGUCAUCCUGGGAUAGGCGCGAGCGAUUUGGGGCUCGACUUGUAUUGAAUCACCAAGGGUUGGGAUGAACGUGGCCUAGAGUUAUCGGAAACACGCAUGCAUCUCUCCACUGCUUAAUCACAAUGAGUAGACACGUCACAUGUUGGCCUGGAUGCAACAACAGUAGCUAGUAG